AUGGCACUCGCACAUGAUAUCUCGUGCGCGUCGAGCUUCAGCUCUGUUGCAGACGGGCGCUGCAAGGAGGCGGAGGUGAGCCCAGUUGAGAUAGCAGCUGUGUGGCUACACAAGGCGACGAAAGGCAGUGACAAAUGGCUCGAUGGCUGUUCGCGACGCCAGCUGCAGUACUACAUGCUGCGGAGGAAGCUCCGGCCAUUGACGAUGGCUGUGAAGCACAUCUACUUGUUGCUAGCCAUCUUUGAGGAGCCCUCCUGGUGCUUGGCAGAGAGUUCUGAUGCUGAGGAUGGCGUGUGUAUCGAACAGCAUCGAACUUCUCUGCCUGUGUUACUUGGUGAUGGCAUUCUGGAUGCGCAGCCAGUCAGGCCCACGGUGCCUGCUGCAUGA